UCAAGUGAAAGUAAAUUUAAACUCUACUGCUGCUGUUCUCUCCAUUUUUCUUUUGACCAAAUCCUUGUUUCAUGCUUCCUUUAAAGAAUGUCAUUUAUUAACGUUUUCUACUGUAUUUGUUUUCUAAGCAGCAUUCUUCUUGAGAUCUGUCUGUAGUCACAUUCACUGAAGAUGGCGGAGGGACCUUCCGCACCUGCAGAGAUGUUAGCAAUCAGCUCCAAUCCAGAUGAUCCAGUGAUCCGGAUUCUUCUGAUGGGCAGAAACGCUUCUGGGAAAAGCUCAUCUGGAAACACUAUACUUGGAGAAAAAAAGUUCAAAGCCCAAAAACGUAAGAAGAAAAAUGAUGCUGAAGUUUGUGAGGAAGUAACUCAGAUCGGAGAGAAACAGGUUCAUGUGAUUGACUGUCCAAAUCUACUGGAUCCAGAUCUGCCUGAAGAGAAGCUGGAGGCGAUGAAAGAGCAGCUGGUCUCUGGAUGUUCAGCAGGUCUCAGUUCAGUUCUGCUCACCGUUCCUCUAGAGGAACCUGUGGGAAAUGAGGAAGAGAUCCUGGAUUUCAUUAAGUGUUUAUUAGGUCCUGAAGUUCAGCAGUACAUCAUGAUUCUGUUCACACAUGGAGAUGAGCUGGAGGCUCUGAAUGAGACCAUUGAUGAACAUCUACAAAACAAAGAUCAUGGGGAUUUACAGAGACUGGUGACUGAAUGUGGAGGAAAGUUUCACUGUUUCAAUAACAAGAGAAAAUCAGAUGGUCAGAUACAAGGACUACUGCAGAAGAUUGAAGGAAUGAUGAUGGAGAACGGUGGGAAAUUUGUCAUGGAACAAAUGAAGAGGAAUGGCAGCAAAGACCGUCCUCGUGUCAAUUUUUCAGGAGAUUUUCCAGCAGAUGAGACUGAUGUGAUUCCUGGGAAGAAAGACCAGAUCAGGCUGGUUCUGCUGGGAAAAACUGGAUCUGGGAAAAGUUCCACUGGAAAGACCAUCAUCGGCAGAAUCCUGUUCACAUUACUGAAACAGUGUCAUUCAGAAACUAAACAGAUCUCAGUGAUCGACACACCAGCACUCGCUUGCAUCAGCUGUGCGUGAGUUAAAACCAAAGCUAGUUGUGAUGUAAAAAGUUUCAACCUGCACACUACUCAAUAUUUGACCACUGCAACAUUAAACUUAAGCCCAAAGUAUACUUCGUUUUUUUAGCGUACGCACACAGUCGAACACACAGCCUUGCAAAGCAUACUUCACGUGACUCGUACGCACACACAGGCGUUCAACGCAUGCGCAGUUUUGAGCAAUUUCUCUCCACAAGUUACAAUCCAUGUAAAUAUAUUUGUAUUCUUUCAUACUAAAAUUGUACAAAUGAGGGUACUUUCUAACCUCUUCACACAAUCUCUCAUCUAUGUAGGCCUCCGUUGUCGCUGUAGUUUGCAUGGGUUCCGGUCUAUUCUGUUUAUGCCGUUUUUCUUUGAUUAUCUUGUGAAUCGACGCCCCCAGGGCACGGCUGCCACUUUGUGGAUAAACUAAUUACUGCAAUAAAAAAAAUUAAAGAAAUGUAAAUGCACAUGUGCAACCUACAAAAAUCCGGCGGUGCACAUACAGUACGCUCAUACUUUUCCUGAGGACGAAAUUUGUGUCACGCUCACACGAGGGUCAGCAUACAGUGCGCGUGACGCGAAUUUCGUGACUAAAAAGUGAAGUAUACUUUGAAUUGAAAGUCUACAUAAAAGCUAAACAUUUAUGGAAACCUCCAAUCAGGAAUAAAAUAGCAGAUUGAUUGAAUCACAUCAGUAAGCUCAGUAUUGUGGCCUUCCAUUACACCGCUGGUGUCGGUGGCAGUAAGCAAGUACGCGUGCAAAUGAUGUUCAUGCACGCAGAUGUUAAAAUGCAAACUGUGUCUCUUUAUUUUGUUCGUCAAUAAACACUGCUUCCAAUCA